UAUCAGCAAAUAUCUCUUAGAGUUUUUAGACCUGCCUCCAUCACUCCAAAUCUCCAAUAUCACCGCUUCAUCUUUGCUCUCCAGAAGUAAGAUGACAGAGCUAGAGGUGGAGAAGGGAAAUGAGCUUCAAAUUAUCCUAAAACAUACUGAAAGUGGUUCUUCAAAUAAUUCCACAACGAACACACUCCAUUGUGAAUCUGCUUCUAAGAAAAGAAAAGGCAUGAAAGAAAGAUCAGUUGCUUGGAGCCAUUUCAACAAGUUCACUGAUGAUGAAGGGAUUAAAAAAGCUAGAUGCAAGUAUUGUCAAGAAGAAUAUGUAGCAAACACAAAAAAUAACGGUACACGCAAUUUGCUAUCCCAUAUGAUCAAGUGCCUGAACAAUCCCCAUAAGGAGGACACCAGCCAACAGAGACUAACUUUUCAACCAAAAAAGGGUGGUCAAACAGAAACAAAGGGGAGUAGUACAUCUGGAAUUGGGAGGGAGAUAGAAGUUGGAACUCUUUAAUAUUUUUUUGCCU